ACUUCAUCUCAGGUUUAGCAACGAGUAGCAGCAGCAGCAGAGGCAGCAAUGGGACGCUGUAUGUUCUUCACUGUGCUGCUUUGCCUGGUGUUGAGCCUUUCAGAAGGAACCACAUCUACAAUACCCGAGAGCAGUUCUACCAUUGCAGCAGUACAACCAGGAGAAGGAAACGAAUCAGAAGCAACUGAAAACUCUACUGCUAGCCCUCCUUCACCACUAGCAACAGGAAAUGAAUCUAAAGCAACUGAAAACUCUACUGCGAGCCCUCCUUCACCAGUAGCAACAGGAAAUGAAUCUGCAAGAACUGAUAACUCUACUGUCACCCCUUCUUCACCAGUAACAGCAGGAAACGAAUCUGCAGGAACUGAGAACUCUACUGCCACCCCUUCUUCACCAGUAACAGCAGGAAACGAAUCUGCAGGAACUGAGAACUCUACUGCCACCCCUUCUUCACCAGUAACAGCAGGAAAUGAAUCUGCAGGAACUGAGAACUCUACUGCCACCCCUUCUUCACCAGUAACAGCAGGAAACGAAUCUGCAGGAACUGAGAACUCUACUGCCACCACUUCUUCACCAGUAACAGCAGGAAACGAAUCUGCAGGAACUGAGAACUCUACUGCCACCCCUUCUUCACCAGUAACAGCAGGAAACGAAUCUGCAGGAACUGAGAACUCUACUGCCACCCCUUCUUCACCAGUAACAGCAGGAAACGAAUCUGCAGGAACUGAGAACUCUACUGCCACCCCUUCUUCACCAGUAACAGCAGGAAACGAAUCUGCAGGAACUGAGAACUCUACUGUCACCCCUUCUUCACCAGUAACAGCAGGAAACGAAUCUGCAGGAACUGAGAACUCUACUGUCACCCCUUCUUCACCAGUAACAGCAGGCGGCACAUCUACAACAACUCUGGAAACUUCUACCACUUCUCCAACUCCAGCUCCUGAGGAAUUAUGCAAACCAAAUCCUUGUGGAGGAAGAUUGUCUACAUGUGUCCCUCUGAAUACCACACAUAUAUGCCAGUGCCCGUACGGAUUCUACUACUACAACAACAAUUGUUACACAGGGAAAGUAUUCCCAGGAAUCAUUACACUGGAACAAAUGUUGAGUAAUAUUGAUGUAAAUUCAGCUGAGUAUGAAAGGAUGGUGCAAAACAUAACAGAAUUUUUUAAGGAUGCUUUUGAAAAUAUGGCAGACUACAAGCAGACCGUCAUCGUGAAAGUUGAUUUUGAAAAAAUAGCUCCAGGCACCAGAAGUGCUAAUUAUCUAGUGAAUGUCACAGUGAUGAACAUCUUCACAGAAAACACGAAUGCGACCUAUGCUGAAGUUCAGAAAGCAGUAAGGACAGCAGCAGAUAAUUUGAACUACGUGCAUCAGUACGCAAAUACAACCCAAUGUGCUGUUUAUCCAUGUGAUGAUGCAACCACAAUAUGUGAAGAUGGUACAUACCCAGCGUGUGUAUGCAAAAAGGAUUUCACAAAGACAGCGUGGGACACAUAUUCUUGUUCAGGUUGCGCGGACUGUUCAGCAGAAGCAAACAAGUUCUGUGACAGACAAAGUGGGAUUCCAGAAUGCAAAUGCAUGGAUAACUUCAAAGCAGAUGGUGGAAGAUGUGUAAGGUGUCCAGUGGGCUACUCUGGAGAAAACUGUGAGAAUAAUAAAGAACUCAUCCUUAUAAUAGUGGGCACAGUGUUUGGAGCCAUUAUCUUGUGUUUAGUGGUAGCAGUCUCAGUUGUUUCAGUAAGAGCCAAGCACAGUCAUGAUCCGGAGAAAAAGAGGUUGAUAAAGCCAGGAAAUUCCAACUCAAAUAACUCCGAGGAGACCAGGAUCUUCCCCAGAGUCCAGACCACUUCUGGCCAUGCGAACCCAGGGUAUCAGCCAAACAACCCUUAUGAGGUGCAUUCCUCAAGCAGAGGUGACUUUGUGGAGAAGGAUUACGAUGACUUGUAUGAAAUAUCACGGCAGCCUGAGGGCUUUCGGAUGCAACGCAGAUAACUGAGUGGCCAGUAGUAGAAGGAUGGACGAUGACCACAACACUGGGUCAGACCAAAGAGCUUCACAACCUCUUACCAGCACAGUUAUUUCAUCAGCAGAGACAGCAGAGGCCGUAGUACAAGAUUAUCUGAAGAUUUUCUAAAAGAAGACCCCCUACUUGAAGGAGAAGGGCAGUAACUCUUGGAAAUAAGGGAAAAUAAAAAUAAAGCAGAGUGUAGGGAGAAGAAGGGGGCUCUCAGAAAACUAGAAGGGUCCUAUGAUCAUUCCGAUGAACUUUCAGGAGACCAGUGUGUUGGCAAGAAAGUGAAUGUAGACAAGAUGCCAGGAUUUUAACCCUGCUGUGUUUCAGUUCUUCUGAAAGAUGGUCCGUGCAAUAUGUGUGAUGCUGAAAACAUCAGCUGCCAGAGCUUUGCCUACGUUUGUGCUCACUCGCUUCAGGCAGAGGCAGCCUGCGUAGCUUUGGGCACAUCAAACGGUAUCAGAACUUUUAUUCAUGAGGACCUAACGUUGUUCUCUUUACUGUAUCAGUCUUUCUCCCUUCCUCAGUCCCCCAGUAUUUCCUAUCUGAAAGCAUCCAGUUCAGAUCUCUGCUGGCACCUGUUGUGAGAGACAAUGGCCCUGUCUGACCUCUUAUGCGGCCUUCCUUCCCACUACAACUCCAGAAACCAUUACCAUCAAACAGGCACUGUUGUUCUCCAUCUUAUGCAAAUACGUUGAUUUUACAUUCUCAGCUGCUGUGAAAAGCAUUGGCACUUUUUUUUUUUACUCUUGCAAUCUGUAAGGUUAGAUGGAAUCAUCUUUAAUCUUUAUUUUUCAUUACUUAAUAAUUCUUUUUAAAAAUCCACAUUUCAUGGAGAGUAUAUGUGCAUUAUCUGUUGACUGGUGUUGGCACUUCUUUUUAUAUAUAUAAAUAUAUAUAUAUAGAAUAUAAUGUCCAAAAAUGUACAUAUAUUUAUAGAUCAUAUUCAUUUAAAGCAUCAUUUAAUCUCAUGUUUUAUGUUUGUUUGUUUUUCUCCCAUGUAUACAGGUUAAUAUUUCCUAUUAAAUAUUAUUGUUCCUCAUUGUGAA